GGUGGUCUGGCCUAGUGGUGAGAGCAAGAGUCAGCAGCCAGGAAUCAGCCCACGGUCAGGGCUGGAGUCGGGGCAGCAACGAGAGCCCAGGGCAGGCCCAGGUUACCUGGAGGGAGCCAGGGCAGCAGCCGCAGCAGGGCUGGGGGGGGCCAGGACCUCGGAUCUGUAGUUUUCCCUCCGCCCCUUCCUUAGAAUCACAAACGCUGCCAUUUCGAGAUCACUUUCACCUGGUCAAAUCCCUCCCAGACCGUCCUCGCCCCUCGCUGCUCCCUCCCCCUUCUGCAACAAAACCCUCGUCUCCCCAGGCCCCCCGGCAGAGAGAAAAGGUCCGUGUGGGGCAGGAGACCAAGGGGGCCUUGGGAGAUUCCAGACAGGAGAGAAGCCCAGGAGAGGGGCUGGUCGGGAGGGGCCCUCGCAGGCUCUCUGGGGCGCGGCUCCAAAUGGCUUUUACCUCCCGUAGGCGGGCAGCCAGGGCCCUGUCAGCGCCACUGGGGGUGAGAUGGGUCUUUUACCAAAGGGACAGCGGAGCGGCUCCCUUAUUGCUUGCAGGAAGGUGGGCUCAGUAGUGCAGAGAGAAGCUUUUCUAUGUUCCUGAGAGGCCAAAGUUAUCUGUUCCAUCUCUGGCUUCCUGGAGCAAUAAAAUGCAGCAGGGCCCUUUGGCCUGACAUGAUACCUGUGGGGCAAGGCACCUUCCUGCCGCCAGACGGACACGUUAGGAGGGAUGUGAUGGAGGCAGGGAACUUGUUCGUCCCCUCCUAGAAAGCACCAUGGCGGCUGCAGAGCCUUUGCAGAGCAUUAAAGAAGAAGUCACCUGUCCCAUCUGUCUGGAGUUAUUCCGGGACCCUGUGACAAGUGAGUGUGGACACAGCUUCUGCCAGGAAUGUAUCACCUGGCACUGCCAGGGAGACGGAGACGUCGCCUGCCCUCUGUGCAACGAGAAACUUCGAAAGGGAAACUUACGGCCCAACCGGGAGCUGAAGAACAUUGUGGAGUUAUUAAAGUCUCAAGCAGUGGAGGAUCCGAGAGGAGGGAACAUGUGCAAGACACACCGAGAGCCUUUGAGAUUCUACUGCAAAGAGGAUCAGACCCCCGUGUGCCUGGCGUGUGAGAGAUCCCAGGCUCACCGCGGUCACACGGUGGUUCCCGUGGAGGAGGCUGUCCAGGAGCACAGGGAAUCAAUACGACAGCAGCUGGAGGGAAUUGAGUCUGACUGCAAGAAACUGAACCAGCUUGUGAGCACGGACCAGACGGACCUUUCUCAGAACGCAAGAGAAGCGGCGCGUCAGAGUGUGAAGAGACUCACUGACAACAUAGCGACGCUUUUAAAGGUAAAGGGGCCUUUCUAGACCAAACGCUGUAAAGGGGGAAG